CACGAAAACGAGGCUAGUGCAGAUUGGCCGCCAUUUUCUCGGGGUAGUGACCGAUUUCGUUGUAGGUUUUCGGGAAGAUAUUGUGAAUAUCAAAGCAAGGAUAGUGACGUUUGUGAAUUUUAUCAAUCAAAAGACCUCAUAGACAAUUAUUUUAUUAUAGACAAUUGUGUGUUGAUAGGUUGAGUGUGAUGUCUGCAAGCAUUGAUCAGAGGACGAAAGGACAGCCAAAUCAAGUGGCAAAUGGAUCUGUUAAAGAAACCGUGAAAGACGAAGAAUUCGAACCGUAUCUGCAACAGGCUCCUCACCAGGGAGGAUACAAUACUGCCCCAAUGUCGAGCCCAGGAGUUUCUGACCCUUUUAUGCCAAGUUACUACACUCAAGCCAUGCCGUUUACCCCUUACAUGAAUCAAGGAAUAGGUGAUGGAGGUGCCUGGUCUAAUGGAACAGAUGCUGCUACUAUGUUAUCCUUUGGUGGUUAUGACUAUAAUGGAAUUUUUGGAGGCUUUGGAUAUCCUCAGUUUGGAUGGCAACCUGAUUACUCUGGUGGCAAUGACUAUUGGAACACUGCAACGCAAGGACGUCAAAAGGACACUAGAGUUUAUGAGCAAGACUAUUAUCGGCCUGAAAAUAUGAUACCUUCUGAUCCGUACAUGAAUGGUGAAUUUGAUGGAAGAGACCCUUCUGGAAUGAAUAGUGUUGAACAAGGAUUGAAAGGCAUGAACAUUGCUGGGGAUGGUCCUGUAGACCCUAAUUUGGUGAAUGAUUCUGGACAUUUGGAACAGAACGGAGGUUCUGUCUCUGUACAGUCCAAUGGCAGUUCGUCAGCACCAAAGAAAACUUCUUGGGCUGCAAUUGCGAGUCAGCCUGCGAGACCCCAGCCAAAACUUCAGCCUAGGUCAAUUCCUCGUGCCCCAAUGAAUCCCAAUAAGAAUUUGGACAUUGGUACUUGGGAUCAGAGAAAUAACCCUAGUAACAAACAGGGUAUGAAUGGAGGAAACCAGCAGAGAGGUUCUUGGUCUGCACCGAGGAGUAGAACAAUGAAUAACAAUUAUUCUGGAAAUUCUAAUUCAAACCAAUCAUCAAACUCGUCUGGAAGCGGUGGACAGGGAACAGUUCAGGCAACGUCUUCUGCGGCAUCUUCCUCGGCCCAUCCCGUGCUGGAAAAACUACGCUCUGCUAACCAAUACAAUCCUCGUGAAUUUAACUUAAAUCCACGUGGGGCUCGUUUUUUCAUCAUCAAAAGCUACUCCGAAGAUGACAUUCACCGCUCUAUCAAGUACAGCAUUUGGUGUAGCACGGAUCACGGAAACAAGAGACUCGAUCAGGCAUUUAAGGAACGCGAUAAUAAAGGACCCAUUUACUUGUUCUACAGUGUGAAUGGAUCUGGACAUUUCUGUGGAAUGGCCCAAAUGAUGUCUAGUUUGGACUAUGGAAAACAGGCUGGUGUCUGGGCUCAGGACAAAUGGAGAGGCCAGUUCGAAGUGAAAUGGAUCUAUGUGAAAGACGUACCCAACUCUCAAUUGCGACACAUUCGCUUGGAAAACAAUGAAAACAAACCUGUGACCAAUUCGAGAGACACACAGGAAGUUCCCCCGGAGAAAGGAAAGUUAGUUCUGAAAAUCUUGCAUACCUACCGCCACACCACAUCCAUCUUUGAUGACUUUGGACACUAUGAGAAAAGACAGGAGGAUGAAGGUGGUGAUGUGAAACCUGCUAAACCCUCUUCUGGAGGGAGAGACAGAGAACAGUAAAAUCCACAUCACUUCUGAUGAUUGCUGUUCCAAACAGGAAAAGUGCAAAGAUUCUUGGAUUUAAUUAGAUUAGCUGAAAAAAGUUCUUAUUGAUUAAUCAUGCCAAUAGUAAUCAUUCACAGAUGUAUUCUCUUCUGAUGAUUUCACUUUCACUUUGAAUGAAUUUUUUUUUUUUCGAUUCUGGGAAUUCGGAUUUGAGAUUUUCUGGAUUUUGUGUUGAGCAGCAUCAGGUGGGAACUUGAGGCACAGUAUCCUUUUCUCUGGGAGACGAGUUGUGUACUGUUUAGGAAUCAGGAUGUUUUGAGAGCAUUUACUGAAAAUUCAAACAAAAGCUUUUUAUUCUUAAAAAGAAAGGAACACGCAUGGUGAUAACCACUUAAACUUGUGUUACUUGUGACUCCUUAAGUAUGGUGCUCAACUUAUUUCAUGUGUUACAUGAGGUUCAUGCUGCAGCAUGGUGGAACAAGUUGUGGUAUGUGUUUGCAAAACAAAAUUUUUCUGGUUCAGUGAUGCAAAUGCUCAGGGAUUUAUGGCCACUGGAUUUUAACGAAAAAUGGACAUUUUAUAGGACGAAUUCCAAGAUGCAUUAUUUUAAACCCUUUUGUGGUGCAGACUCAAAAUAGACACCUAAAAUGAUUUAGACUUCCAUUUUUAAAUUACCAAGGAAAAAAGACCAAAGUUGGAGAGUGAAAUAGUGAUUCUUAAUUAUGAAAAUCAAAGACCCCUAUGACAUAAAUUUUGUGUUUUAUGACCGCUGGCAUUCCCAUGGAUGUGAUGCAGUAAGGGGGAAAUGGAUGCUGUUAGCAUUAUGUGUUCUUUUGUUGCUUUUCAUGUCAACAGACUGUUUGAAAAGUCCAGUUAAUCUCAAAGAAUAAAAGAUAUAUCUGUC